AUGAAAGAGGAACUUACAAAUGAGAGAAAGAAGAUUGCCAAACGAUCAAUUGGUGAACCAGGCCAAUGUCAAGGAAAGGAAAAAGUACUCCUCGUUAUUGGGGCAACUGGAUCAGGUAAAAGCACUUUGAUCAAUGGCAUGGCCAACUACAUCAUGGGGGUCAAAUGGGAAGAUGAUUUCCGUUUCCAGUUGGUGAUAGAUGAUCCAAAAGUCUCCAAGUCGAGAAGUCAAACACAGUAUAUCACUGCUUACACGUUUCACCCUAUGGAAGGUUCAGCAGUGUCCUAUAAAUUAACCGUAAUCGACACACCUGGCUUUGGUGACUCUGAAGGGCUCAAGAGUGACAAAGAUAUUGCCAAACAAAUAAAGGAAUUUUUUUCAAUCCCUUCACCAAACGGUAUUCAGCAACUCGAUGGCAUUGCCUUCGUUACCCGGGCUAACCUUACACGACUUACACCACAUCAGGAGUACAUUUUCAAUUCCGUUUUAUCCAUGUUUGGCAAAGACCUAGGCAAAAACAUCUUUUUGAUGGUAACAUUUGCAGAUCGCGAGAAGCCUCCUAUUCUUCAAGCGCUAAAUGAUGCAAACCUCACAGUAAGCGAUAGGCAUUUCAAGUUUAACAACUCUGCCCUGUUUGCAGACAACAAAAAUGAAGACGAGGUAAGCUUUGAUGCAUUAUUUUGGAAAAUGAAUUUUCCAGCUUUCGGACAAUUCUUUACGCUGCUCUCUUCCUCUAAAAACGAUGGCAUUGAGCUAACAAAGGAAGUGUUGAGCGAGCGCGACAAGCUACAUACUCUCCUGGAACAUAUAGUCGAAGACGUUGCCAAUGGUGCCAGGAGGGUCCAAAACAUGCGCGAGGAUGAAAGAUGGCAAACGGCGAAGAAUUGCCAUGUUCGUUUGAACGAAAUUGCUCUCAAAUCAAAUCCAGUUUUCAACGUGGACCAUUUGCAGUUGCUCAUUAAUUCAGAAAAACAACAAGCAGAAAUUGGUCACCUACAGCGCGUAAAAUACCUUGAAGAAGCCAAGCGUCAAGCAGAGAUGCUGUUCAAGAAGCAUCGUCUGGCAGAAGCUGCAAGACUGGAAGAGCUUAAACUCAGUGAUGGGACUCCUUCUAUUUACAAACUUCAAAUGAAAGAGGAACUUACAAAUGAGAGAAAGAAGAUUGCCAAACGAUCAAUUGGUGAACCAGGCCAAUGUCAAGGAAAGGAAAAAGUACUCCUCGUUAUUGGGGCAACUGGAUCAGGUAAAAGCACUUUGAUCAAUGGCAUGGCCAACUACAUCAUGGGGGUCAAAUGGGAAGAUGAUUUCCGUUUCCAGUUGGUGAUAGAUGAUCCAAAAGUCUCCAAGUCGAGAAGUCAAACACAGUAUAUCACUGCUUACACGUUUCACCCUAUGGAAGGUUCAGCAGUGUCCUAUAAAUUAACCGUAAUCGACACACCUGGCUUUGGUGACUCUGAAGGGCUCAAGAGUGACAAAGAUAUUGCCAAACAAAUAAAGGAAUUUUUUUCAAUCCCUUCACCAAACGGUAUUCAGCAACUCGAUGGCAUUGCCUUCGUUACCCGGGCUAACCUUACAAGACUUACACCACAUCAGGAGUACAUUUUCAAUUCCGUUUUAUCCAUGUUUGGCAAAGACCUAGGCAAAAACAUCUUUUUGAUGGUAACAUUUGCAUAUCACGAGAAGCCUCCUAUUCUUCAAGCGCUAAAUGAUGCAAACCUCACAGUAAGCGAUAGGCAUUUUAAGUUUAACAACUCUGCCCUGUUUGCAGACAACAAAAAUGAAGACGAGGUAAGCUUUGAUGCAUUAUUUUGAAAAUGAAUUUCCGAGCUUUCGGACAAUUUUUACCCAGCUCUCUUCCUUUAAAAGCGAUGGCAUUGAGCUAACAAAGCAGGUGUUGACCGAGCGCGACAAGCUACAUACUCUCCUGGAACAUAUGGUCCAAGACGUUGCCAAUGGUGCCAAGAGGGUCCAAAACAUGGGCGAGGAUGAAAGCUGGCAAACGGCGAAGAAUUGCCAUGUUCGUUUGAACGAAAUUGCUCUCAAAUCAAAUCCAGUUUUCAACGUGGACCAUUUGCAGUUGCUCAUUAAAUCAGAAAAACAACAAGCAGAAAUUGGUCACCUACAGCGCGUAAAAUACCUUGACGAAGCCAAGCGUCAAGCAGAGAUGCUGUUCAAGAAGCAUCGUCUGGCAGAAGCUGCAAGACUGGAAGAGCUUAAACUCAGUGAUGGGACUCCUUCUAUUUACAAACUUCAAAUGAAAGAGGAACUUACAAAUGAGAGAAAGAAGAUUGCCAAACGAUCAAUUGGUGAACCAGGCCAAUGUCAAGGAAAGGAAAAAGUACUCCUCGUUAUUGGGGCAACUGGAUCAGGUAAAAGCACUUUGAUCAAUGGCAUGGCCAACUACAUCAUGGGGGUCAAAUGGGAAGAUGAUUUCCGUUUCCAGUUGGUGAUAGAUGAUCCAAAAGUCUCCAAGUCGAGAAGUCAAACACAGUAUAUCACUGCUUACACGUUUCACCCUAUGGAAGGUUCAGCAGUGUCCUAUAAAUUAACCGUAAUCGACACACCUGGCUUUGGUGACUCUGAAGGGCUCAAGAGUGACAAAGAUAUUGCCAAACAAAUAAAGGAAUUUUUUUUCAAUCCCUUCACCAAACGGUAUUCAGCAACUCGAUGGCAUUGCCUUCGUUACCCGGGCUAACCUUACACGACUUACACCACAUCAGGAGUACAUUUUCAAUUCCGUUUUAUCCAUGUUUGGCAAAGACCUAGACAAAAACAUCUUUUUGAUGGUAACAUUUGCAGAUCGCGAGAAGCCUCCUAUUCUUCAAGCGCUAAAUGAUGCAAACCUCACAGUAAGCGAUAGGCAUUUCAAGUUUAACAACUCUGCCCUGUUUGCAGACAACAAAAAUGAAGACGAGGUAAGCUUUGAUGCAUUAUUUUGGAAAAUGAAUUUUCCAGCUUUCGGACAAUUCUUUACGCUGCUCUCUUCCUCUAAAAAACGAUGGCAUUGAGCUAACAAAGGAAGUGUUGAGCGAGCGCGACAAGCUACAUACUCUCCUGGAACAUAUAGUCGAAGACGUUGCCAAUGGUGCCAGGAGGGUCCAAAACAUGCGCGAGGAUGAAAGAUGGCAAACGGCGAAGAAUUGCCAUGUUCGUUUGAACGAAAUUGCUCUCAAAUCAAAUCCAGUUUUCAACGUGGACCAUUUGCAGUUGCUCAUUAAUUCAGAAAAACAACAAGCAGAAAUUGGUCACCUACAGCGCGUAAAAUACCUUGAAGAAGCCAAGCGUCAAGCAGAGAUGCUGUUCAAGAAGCAUCGUCUGGCAGAAGCUGCAAGACUGGAAGAGCUUAAACUCAGUGAUGGGACUCCUUCUAUUUACAAACUUCAAAUGAAAGAGGAACUUACAAAUGAGAGAAAGAAGAUUGCCAAACGAUCAAUUGGUGAACCAGGCCAAUGUCAAGGAAAGGAAAAAGUACUCCUCGUUAUUGGGGCAACUGGAUCAGGUAAAAGCACUUUGAUCAAUGGCAUGGCCAACUACAUCAUGGGGGUCAAAUGGGAAGAUGAUUUCCGUUUCCAGUUGGUGAUAGAUGAUCCAAAAGUCUCCAAGUCGAGAAGUCAAACACAGUAUAUCACUGCUUACACGUUUCACCCUAUGGAAGGUUCAGCAGUGUCCUAUAAAUUAACCGUAAUCGACACACCUGGCUUUGGUGACUCUGAAGGGCUCAAGAGUGACAAAGAUAUUGCCAAACAAAUAAAGGAAUUUUUUUCAAUCCCUUCACCAAACGGUAUUCAGCAACUCGAUGGCAUUGCCUUCGUUACCCGGGCUAACCUUACACGACUUACACCACAUCAGGAGUACAUUUUCAAUUCCGUUUUAUCCAUGUUUGGGAAAGACCUGGGCAAAAACAUCUUUUUGAUGGUAACAUUUGCAGAUCACGAGAAGCCUCCUAUUCUUCAAGCGCUAAAUGAUGCAAACCUCACAGUAAGCGAUAGGCAUUUUAAGUUUAACAACUCUGCCCUGUUUGCAGACAACAAAAAUGAAGACGAGGUAAGCUUUGAUGCAUUAUUUUGGAAGAUGAAUUUCCGAGCUUUCGGAUAA